AUGGAGAAAACUGAUAUUUUUAAACCCAUUACAACCACCUUGACCGAACCAAACUACAAUCUCUGGGUCCAACGAAUGAAGAGUUUUCUGAUCGGACGCAAGCUUUGGCGCAUAGUCACCGGAGAUGUCGUCAAGCCAACUCAAGACAAAGAUGAAUCUGCUGCAGAAUUUGCGGACCGCCUUGAAGAUUGGGAUAGUAAAAAUUACCAGAUCAUCACGUGGUUGCGCAACACGUCUGUACCGUCUAUUCACAUUCAGUUUCAUAACUACGAUUCUGCAAAAGAAAUUUGGGAUUUCUUGAAAAACCGCUAUCAAACCACUGGCCUUGCAUAUUAUUAUCAGUUAUGGACCACACUUCACAAUACCAAGCAAGAACCUGGUCAAUCAGUGAAUGAUUUUCUCGCUCAAGUCCAACCAAUUUGA